AUGUGUGAAAUUCUGAAGGUUCCACCUUCAAUUUUCGUGGAUCUCCAUGGUCAUUCACGUAGAGCGAAUGUUUUCAUGUUCGGCAAUAACCCGGAAGAGUCAUGGAGAGCCGUUGAUAAAACUCUGCCGCACAACUAUGAGUUUAUGACCUUACCUGAAGUGCUUGAGCAGAGUUCCUCGGCUUUCUCAUUCAAUCUUUGCCAAUUCGGCAUUACCAGAGGAAAGGAGUCCUCAGCCAGGGUGACAGUUUGGAGACAAUUUGGUGUUACCAGGGCGUAUACAAUGGAGUCGACCUUUUCGGGGUUCGAAACAGGUGCCUAUAAAGGCUUUCAGAUUGGAACGAAAGAUCUCAAAGAAGUUGGCCGUGAAUUGCUUCUUGGAAUAUUGACUGUUUUCAAAAUGGCUGGUUCUCAUCCAAAAAAGCUGCGCAAAAGUGGUUCCAAAAAGGACGGAAGUUCGGUAGAGCGAUCCAGCAUUCCUACAGAGAAACAUAGUAACAACUAA